GAACAGAAAUGCUGCCGGGAAGCGAGAAGGGCAGCAGCAGCACAACGGUUUCUGGCUCUGUCCCAGACACAGCAUCCAGAAAAGCAAUCGCUGCUGAUGGCUCCCCAAAAAAGAGAGACCGCUCCAAAGCCACCUCCAAACCCAAAGAGACCCAAGAACAGGGCAUCCUGAAACCAAAAAUAUCUGUCUCCAGCAGUACGUGCAAUACAAAAGCUUCAUCAGGAACCCCCUCGGAAGAAAAUGUUCACAGGCAAAACCAGCUCCUAAAAAGUGAUUAUGAAUUCUGUGGUUCAAGUGACAAAAUAACAGAGCCUGAGGAAGAGCAGCGAGCCAGGGGGGUAACAUUAUCCACAGCUCACUCACCACAUGUUACUCGUGAGAAAAACGAGGCGCUCGCCCAGCCAGAAACUGACUCCCAGCCUGAGAAAACUCUGCCAGCCCCAUGGACGCUGCGGGAAGCACUAGAAAUCCAUAAGCCUGAGUUCAUCGCCCGUUCCCAAGAAAGGCUGAAGAAGCUUGAGCAGAUGGUCCAGCAGAGGAGAGCCCAGCAGAGCAACGCUCCUGCAAGCAACCAAGGAGCUCAUGUUCGCCGGCUUUCCUCAGCGUCCACUUCAAGCAGGAAAAAGCAAUACACCGUUCCUCACCCGCUCAGUGAUAACCUUUUCAAACCAAAGGAAAGAUUCAUCCCAGAGAAGGAGAUGCAUAUGAGAUCCAAAAGGAUUUAUGACAAUUUACCUGAAGUGAAAAAGAAACAAGAAGAAAAACAGAAGCGGAUCAUCAUCCAGAGUAACAGGCUGCGUGUUGAGAUCUUUAAGAAGCAAUUACUGGACCAGCUCCUUCAAAGAAACACAGAGUGACAAAGGAUCCCCUUGCCCAUCAUCCUAAAUGGAUCUCGAAUGCCUUUGACCACUAGAUAAGCCAUAAAAUUCACUGCUCUCUCAAUCACCUGCAGGUGUUUUUUCUUAUCUUUGGCUCUUUAUAUAAGGAAAGGUCAUUUAUAUUUCAAUUGAAAUUUUAAGGCAACUUUCAAGUAAUCAAAAACAGCCUGAAAGGGAACACAGCUGUUGCAGAGCAUCACCUUUUGGUCAGUUUACCCAGAUGAAAUAAUUUUAAGAAUUUUUUAAUGCAAAUACUCAAUUACAGUGGUAUUAUUUAUCUUAAUCUUUUAAAAAGUAUAUGUCUGUGUAGCAAUAGAACUGGGUUUUUAAGACCUCAAAAACUUAUUUCUCUGAAGUAUUCAAUUAAUUGAUUGCCUGUGAGUUAAAUCCUUGAAGUAAAGAAAAAUGAGUAUCAUUAUUUGUUUUGUUUAGGAACUAGCUGAAAUAGCUUUACCACAUAAACAUAGCAGCAGCAGUUUUGCAUUAAUACUUAACAUACCAAAAGGGACCAAUAUUUUAGCUCUCUGAAGAACUCCAUUCCUGUUUACAUAGCAAAUCUACAUAGCAAGCUUACCUGUUAAAAAGCGAUAUUUAAAAAUUCGGUUAUAUCACUGUUUUUCAUGUUUUUAAUUGUAAUAUAUAUUUUACUCCACUUCUGCGAGUCUUAAGUAUUUAUAGAAAUGGCGUAUUAAGAAGUGGUGCCAAGAAGUAUGUUUGCACCAAAACUGCAGAACUAAAACCAUCUGUAAUGUUUCCUCCAAAAAAUAUUUAAAACUUUAUUUGUACAUUUUGGAAGUAAAAACAACGAGCUUACAAACCCACGGAGUUUAUUUAUGGAAUAAAAUAUGAAU